UGCCAGCCGGAGGGGUCCUUCUUCAGAGCCAAGAUGGAGACCAGUACUCAAAAUGGCAGUGGUGGCGGAGGGUCGGCCGGCUUGCUGCGUGCUUUGCGUGACAGCGGGAGGCUACACCGGCCUCACCAUGCCCAGGAAGGGCAGCCCGAUCCUGGGGUAAACAUCAGCCAGCAGGCCCCUGUGCUCUCGCUGGACCAGAUCAGGAUCAUCGGGAGCAGUAAUGAGUACACAGAGGGACCAACGGUGGGACCCAUUGUGGUGCCUAGGCCCCCUGGCUCCUUGCCCACCCAGCAGAAGAAUGACCUGGUGGUGCCACUGGACCUGGGGACCAAUGAGCAACUGGAGCCCCAGGACUCCAGGCCCAACCAGAGGAACUUACUUCCCCAACUUCCUCAGCCCACACACUCCACAGUCCCCCCUAGGGAUGCCCUAUCUCUUUCUUCUAGCACAGAGGGCUCCAGAAACAGCCCGAGAACCAGUACAGGCAGCACGUCUUCCGUGCAGAGGCUCCUGGGUAGCCCGGCGGUUAGCGAACGGAUAAUCAGGACCCAGCCCAAACGGGUGGAGCUUAAACAGGACGAAUUGAAGCUCCUGGCGAGUACGGUCGGAGGGGCGGUGGUGGUUACGGUGCCCGGUGGCGGUGCUCCUGCCGCUAGGGAGGGGCUGCUGGGUAAACAUGUCUACCGCUGUGAGGACUGUGGCCGGUGCAAGUGCCAGGAGUGCAUGUGCCCGCGCGCCCUGCCCUCCUGCUGGAUGUGCGGCCGACAGUGCGUAUGCUCGGCGCAGAACGCGGUGGACUACGGGACUUGCGUGUGCUGUGUCAAGGGCCUGUUCUAUCACUGCUCCAGUGACGACGAGGAUACAUGCGCUGACAAGCCCUUCUCCUGCAGCCAGUCGCACUGCUGCGUGCGCUGGUCGGCCAUGGGCCUCCUUUCCCUGUUCCUACCCUGUCUCCUGUGCUACCUCCCAGCUAAAGGGUGUCUUGCCGCGUGCCAGAGCUGCUACGACCGCGUCAAGCGACCGGGGUGCCGGUGUAAGAACACUAACGUUGUCCACUGUAAGAGCGUUGACUGUAAGCCAACGUAAAGGGAAAGUACCUUGGGUGUUGUGGAGAAUCGAUGGGGGUUGACAACUUUGGGCAACUGAAACGAUCACCUCAUCACGUUUUGGCCCAGUAGUCAGAAGUUGAUUGGGGGAUUGGCUAAGCUGAGCUGUUUGAUGUGGUUUGUGUCGUUUGUUUUCAGCUAUGGUUGUUAAUACAGGCUGCUUGAUCACCAAGUAUCCUGAUUUUGUAUUGUUUUAAUCGAAGUCCAGAAUGUUAGCUCUUUUGACAUUUAUUAAUUACAACUGAUAUGCUAUGGACAGACUCUCCUGACUAACUUGUUUGUGAAUAGUAAUCGCAAAAAUAUGUAAAUUAGCAAAUGACCUCCUCAGAGAUGUUUUAUUUUUGUAUAUAUAAUAUUUCAACUGUGCAAAGCAUUCUGCCAAACCAGAGGCACCUUGAUGAUAGAUCCAUAUAUAUUAUAUAAUACAAUGUUUAAUGUUGUACAUUCAUGGGAAUGUAUAUCAAUCAUUUUUUAUGUUUGCCUUACAAGAGAAGGACAUUUACACAUCUUAUCCCUUCAACUCCACAUGUAAAUUGUACAGUGACCCUAUAAGAAAAUCUUUAUUUUCUAAUUUCAACAUUGUUUUAGUGGAAAGAAUAUUUAUUUGAAGUUUUAUUAUUUUAUAAAGAAAAUAUUUAUUUUGAGAAGCAUCUUAAAAAAACAUCAGCCUGUUCAAGUACUCUGAUGUUGUUGCAAGUUAGGGUGACUAGGGUGUCAAAUUGGAUGCAUAUGUUCGCUAUGAAAUAGAAAAAUAUAUUAA